AUGGCCGCCCCCAGUGUCCCACCUGGCUGCACACCGUGGCUUGUGUCCUUGGCGACUGAGCCUCUUCCUGGAGGGGAACAGAGUCGCAGGCUAUGGGAUCCCACAGUUACUUCCAAGUUCCGCAACCUCCUAGACGAGAAAGAAUUUAAGGUCAGUUUCCCCCGGGGCCAGGCUGUGGCCUGCUGCGGCUCCUUCCGCGGCUGGCUGGUCGUGGCUAACGAGCUCUCAGACCUUGUCCUCUACAACCCCUUCACGGCGGCAUUGCUCCCGCUCCCGCCGCUCACCGGCUUCUCCUCGUGCAUCAAAGGGGUCUAUGCAGAUGAAGGAAAUGUCAUUGGCGAUCGUUAUAGGUGUCUCCAUGGUGGUAAUGGCAGUGUUUAUGACAUGGAUUCUCUGGGCAGGCAUUUCUAUGACAAGGUUGUGUUGUCUGGUUCUCCAUCUGCCGGUCCUGUAGUUGCUUUGGCCAUCCACUGGGACGGCAAGCGGCUCUCUUUUGCGAGGGUAGGAGAUAGUUCUUGGCGACAAGUUUCGGUGAUAAGUAGAAUCCAAGAUAGUUUUGCCGAUUGUGUCUACCUGCGAGGCAGAUUCUACGUCUUGUCAAUGACAGGUAAAUUGAAGAUUUGGGACAUCGGUGGACCGGAGGACAUACCACGAAAGAAAACGAUCAUCGCCGAGGAAGACGAUGACUUUUUCGAAGUUAUCACGAGAUACUUGGUUCCAACUCCCUGGGGACAUCUUCUGCAGAUUCGUGUCAUCUUGGACAAGGAUCAGGAUCAUUGCGUCAGUGUUUAUGUAGACAGGCUGGAUCGCAAGAGCUGCCAAAUGGUAGGAGUAAGCCCCGCGACGGCUCUAAGGGGGCACGCUGCGCUCCUCGGACAGAAUAGCCCGGGUCUCUUGUCCGUGGAAAAAUUCCCUGAGCUGAGACCGGACUGUAUCUACUUCACGACUCCCCGUCUCAGGGGCGACAUUUUUGAGCAUCGACAUAACCAAUGGAAGGGUGUGAAGGUCUAUGAUUUGAAGAAACUGACGCUGGAGGAUGCAUUUCCGUCAGGUGGUGGUCAUUAUGGAACAAUAUAUCCGUCGGAAGUCUGGUUCAUGCCGGGCCUGUGA